AUGGAUGGGCUUUUGAAGUCCCAAAAAGCUAUCCAUGAUCGUUCCCUCAUUGCUCUCUUCAAGUCAUCACCAUCUUUUUCUUCCCCCUCUCCGGUUCAGACCGGGUCCAAGGUUAGGCUCAAAGGAGAACAAUCUCAAAUAACAGAAAAUGAAGCAAUUCAAGGCGUUGGACUCAUGAAUGGCAUUGUUGGUCAAAACGGAAUGGAGUGGAAGGAUGUGGAGAACCGGUUCGACCAAGUGGCUUGGACCGGGAAUGGCACCGAACCGGUUGUUACAUGGUCAGAAUUUGGCUUCUGCAUUGGUGAGAAAAGAAAACCCAACAAAGAACAAACAGCUCCAUGGAUGCAGCCAUCGCCAGAGUUUGCUAACGAAUUAUUAAGGGCACUGAGAGGUGGCAAGGAUUGGAAAUUCGAUAUCAACAAAACCGAUUUGCACAAUUUUUGGCUUCGGAUGAAGGAUAAUUCUUUUAACUCUAGAAUGCGAAUCUUCUUUGACAUGUGUAACAGAAACAUGGAUGGGAGAAUUACCGAGGCAGAUAUAAAGCAGACAAUUUUACUAACCGCAUCUAUGAAUAAGCUAUCCGUGACACAUGAUGAAGCAGAGGACUACGCCGCUUUGAUCAUGGAAUCUCUUGACAAGAAAAACAAAGGCUACAUUCAGGCACACUCUCCAAUGAAACAAGGAUCAACAAUAGGAAGCACAAGGAAUAUUGAUCACAACAUUAGUGGUGAAUUGUGUGAAGAACAAGAACCAAUGUCAAGAAUUGAAGUGUUGUUUAGAACCUAUUGGCGACGUGGUUGGGUUGUUCUAGUGUGGGUGCUUGCAUGCUUGGGGUUAUUUGUGUGGAAAUUUGUUCAAUAUAGGCAUAGAUCAGGAUUUGAAGUAAUGGGUUAUUGCCUUCCUACGGCUAAAGGUGCUGCUGAGACCUUAAAACUCAACAUGGCUCUCGUUCUCUUCCCUGUUUGUAGAAAUACAAUCACGUGGCUCCGCAAGCACCGUUCAAUCAACUCUGUCAUUCCUUUCAAUGACAAUAUAAACUUUCACAAGCUAAUUGCAGGAGGAAUAGUGGUGGGUGUGAUCUUACACGGUGGAACGCACCUUGCGUGUGACUUUCCAAGAAUUAGUGAGUCAGACAAAUCAAUUUUCCGUCAAACGAUUGCAUCAGGAUUUGGGUACCACCAACCAUCGUACAUGGAAAUUUUGGCCACGACGGAAGGGGUGAGUGGGAUUGGCAUGGUGGUGUUAAUGGCCAUUGCAUUUUCACUAGCUACUAAGUGGCCAAGGCGUCGUUCACCUGUGCUACCCGUGUCACUUCAACGUGUCACUGGAUACAACACAUUUUGGUACUCCCACCAUUUGUUUGUCCUUGUCUAUGUGUUGCUAAUUAUUCAUUCCAUGUUCCUGUUCCUGACCGACAAGCUGAUGGAGAAAACGACAUGGAUGUACAUUGCUUUUCCAGUUUUAUUGUACGCUGGAGAGAGGAUCUUUCGAGCCAUUAGAUCUGGAUCUUACGAAGUUGAUAUUUUGAAGGCAAAUCUGUAUCCAGGUAAGGUUCUGUACCUCAAAAUGCAAAAGCCAGAAGGUUUUAAGUACCAAAGUGGCAUGUAUAUAUUCCUUCAGUGCCCCCAAAUUUCGCCCUUUGAAUGGCAUCCAUUUUCCUUGACUUCAGGGCCACAAGAUGACUACCUCAGUGUGCACAUUAGAACACUCGGAGACUGGAGCUACCAAAUAUAUGCUCUAUUCCAAGAGACAAUGUUGUCAGGAUUACAAGGGUGUCCAAAACUGUACAUAGAUGGCCCUUAUGGUUCUGCUUCUCAAGACCAUGUAAAAUAUGACAUUCUUAUACUAAUAGGCCUUGGUAUAGGAGCCACACCUUUCAUUAGCAUCCUCAAAGAUGUAGUUAAAGGUGUCCAGACAGGACAAAAUGAUCAUCAAAACUCCUUUGAUUGGUUUAGAGAUGUCAUGAAGGAAAUCUCAAACUCAACCAAAAAGCAGUCGGUUGUGGAGAUGCACAAUUUCUUGACCAGUGUAUAUCCUGAGGGAGAUGUUCGUUCGGCUUUAUUAAGUGUCAUUCAGGCCUUGCAUCUUGCUAAGAGUGGCAUUGACAUAGUUUCCAGGACUCCAAUACACACACAUUUUGCUCGACCAAAUUGGUUCAACAUAUUUUCUAGAUUGGCUCGCAAGCAUGGAGGAGCUAAGAUCGGGGUUUUUUAUUGUGGCCCAUCUAAAUUGGCAAAAGAAUUGAAGAGGUUGUGCACCAAAUUUUCCACCAAAACCACAACUAGAUUUGUUUUCCACAAGGAAAAUUAUUAAACUUGUUUCUGAAGGAAGGACAUCUGUUGUACCAAUUCCUUAAAUUAGGAAAGCAGAGUUACCUUCAGAAUCUUGGACAGUUCCUUUUAUUCGGCCAGAGCAUCCGUAUAUAUAUUUGCUGCUCUGGUGCCUCUGACAUACAAACUUGAAAGUUGAAAGAAAAAUACGUCAGUCCUCAUUGGUCGUUGUAAGUUGAGUGAGUG